GCGUGUGACGUCACACGCGUGCGACGUAGAUACGACGUACGUUCUCAUCCGAGAAAACAUGGCGUCCGUUUCAGAAAUGUACGAUGUUGGAUGGGAAGAGAUGAGAGACAAGCUUCGUAAAUGGAGAGAAGACAACUAUAGAAACAGUGAACAGAUAGUAGAUGUUGGUGAAGAGCUCAUCAGUGAGCAUGGAUCUAAACUGGGAGAUGACAUUUGGAUCAUUUAUGAGCAGGUGAUGAUCGCUGCACUGGACUGUAGUCGGGAUGACUUGGCUCUGACCUGUCUACAGGAACUGAGGAAGCAGUUUCCAGAAAGCCACAGAGUGAAGCGAUUAACAGGCAUGAGGCUGGAAGCUUUGGAAAAGUAUGAUGAGGCCAACAAGCACUAUGAUGCCAUUCUCCAAGAAGACCCCACCAAUACGGCAGCAAGGAAGCGCAAGAUUUCUAUACUGAGGGCCCAAGGGAAGAACACUGAAGCCAUAAGGGAGCUCAAUGAGUACUUGGAGCAGUUUGUUGGGGACCAAGAAGCAUGGCAUGAAUUAUCAGAACUCUACAUCAACGAACAUGACUAUGGAAAAGCAGCAUUUUGUCUGGAAGAGCUGAUGAUGACCAAUCCUCACAAUCACUUGUACUGUGAACAGUAUGCUGAGGUGAAGUACACGCAGGGAGGGCUGGAAAACCUUGAGCUGUCCAGAAAGUAUUUUGCUCAAGCGCUGAGGCUGAACAACCGAAACAUGAGGGCGUUGUUUGGUCUGUAUAUGUCUGCAAGUCACAUUGCUGCCAGUCCUAAAGUCAGUGCCAAGGUGAAGAAAGACAAUAUCAAGUAUGCUGCUUGGGCUGCUAAUCAAAUAAACAGAGCCUACAAGCUGGCUGGUCGAGGGUCCAAAGACAACAAAUGUUCCACGAAGGCAGUGGAGGAGAUGUUGGAGUCCAUGCAGAUCACCAUGUCUUAGAUACGCAUUUUUUCUGCACUCUCAAGUUGGAGCCAGAUGGCAGCUCGGACGUCUUUUCAGUUUGUCCAGAACUUCAUCUUAAAUUAAUUUAUUUUGUUGUUGUUGGUCCCAACCUUGUCAAAAUAGUUUUCUCUAACUACUUUCUUCUGACAGAAACUGUAAGACAUUUAUUAACCCCUCAACAGCAAAGACAUGUAAAACAGGCUCCAAGUAGUUCUCACCCUGAUGCAAAGCAUUCACAGACUGAGCCAUCCUGUCACCUCUCCAUCCCAGGCUCUUGUUAGUAAUUGAUGCCACAUUGGCAACAAUAACUUUAAGACAUGUGACCAGAAAAUGUACCGAGCUGUAAAGUUAAUACUACUAAUGGA